GUUUGCUUCAUUCAUAUUUGGCACAAUCAGGAUAAUUGCUACCAAGGUAAAAAUUUCUGCGUUACUUUCAGAUUUGAAUCAGAAAUUGUUUUACUGACAAUCAAGCGCUGUUCUCGAAGGUAUCUUGAACUAGUCGCUAAUAAUCUUAACUCUACUAGUUCAAUUAAAGAUUAACUCCGUGAAGUCAGACCUUGCAGCUGUUUCGAGAAAAAUCUAUUCAAUGGACGAAGAGGUUUCCAAAAAGAAGGCAUGGUGUGAAGAACUUGACAAAGAUAUUGCAGCCCUUGUUGCAUCCGAGAGGAAACUAACAAAGGAGCUUGCUAUCGCAAAUGAUAAACUGGAGAGGGACAGAGAAUUGUACAAACGAUAUAGGGCAAAAAUGGCAGGAUAUACCCAUCAAGUGGCAGAAUACAAGAGAAAGCUCCCCGUCCACAGGAGAAUAACACAACAAAAAGCCAAAAAUACCGAACUCAGCGAAGAGUUAGAACGUCUUCGAUCGCUGGGGAAUGAGUCGAAACUUGAAAACCUAAGAGCAGAGCUGGGUAAAAGAAAAGAACAUAAGAAACAGCAAGAGGAAUCGACGGCUUUAAACAAGUUAAUGCAACAAGAGGAGAACGAUAGGCAGGCAGAACUGACCAGAGAGACCCUGCGGAAGCCAAACAAAGCUCAAUAGAAAAGAAUGAAGCAUCAGUGGAAUCAGCCUCACGCAACCAAUACUGAAACUGUCAAGUUUUUAAAGAAGGUUCCCUGAUGUCACGCAACCUGCUCGGCAUAAUAAGAAGAAUUAACUACAGGGGAAAAAGACAUGAUUAAGCUUUACUACGUAUAUUUCAAUCUAGCGACUUAUUAUUUCCCUACAACUAGGACGAGUUUUAACCUAACUGAAGGUUCAUUUUACAUAUUUACCACAGUGUGGUCAGUUACCCAUAUUGUAUCCAUUUUGAAGUUGAUUAUGCACAGUGUGCGAAGGAUUCUGCGAAACUUUGACGUGAGUCAACAAAAUAGGGAAUUGGUUAGCCAGUUGGAAAGUCUGCCUGAUGACGUAUUUCGGCGUCUGUUGAAAGCGCAACUUACCACGUGGAUGUGUUUGUGACCUUGGGAUUUUUCAGACUGGUUUCAAUUUCUAAACAUCUCGUGCUAAUUAAAUGAAAGGGCUGUAUUGCAGUAAGGGUAUCGCAAGUUGGUAAUGAAUCUUUCCGCAUUCCUCGACGUAAAGAUCUCGUGUUCCGCUGCAGUUUAGUCGUAUAGAAGAACUUUAAAAUAUCCAGCUGAAGACCGUGGAUUGCUGUUUUCAAGAGUAACAAAAUUCUUUUGUUUUUAUUCCGUGAGGAAAGCGUGUCCUUCAUUUAACGGAAUACCAAUAGUUGUCAAUUUGAAAACAAAUUACCUCAGGGUUAGGUGAUCCCUCACAAAAGAGUCAAUCUUGACGCCCACAUAGGAAAACAAAUAUCCAUUCUUUGCUUUAUGACAGUCAGGGUACAAAGCAAUAUUCAUUGUCUAAUAGUUGAUUUGUAACAGUAUUUAUUAUGAGCGAUUAAUUUCCAACUGUGACCUUGGCUGUAAAAUCGCUUGUAUUGCAAACCUUUUCAUUUACGUAGUUACCUUACUCUUUUGCAGUCAAGGUUAAUAAAAUCAUGAAAAUAGAUAUUUAUAGCUCAGUACCAUUAACGACUUUGUUUUCGGAAGCACUAUUAAAAGAAACUUAAUCUU